GAGCGACCGUGCGUGCAUGUCACCGCGAUCGGAACGAGUGUCAACGACGACGGCGACGGGGACGGCGACGUGGACGGGGACGACGGCGACGAUGGAAACGGCGUGUUUUGACAGUGGAAGUGGCGUUUGGAGUAAAGGUCUUCGCCGCACACGCACGAUGCGACGAUGGAGGAUCCUCUUCUUCCUCUUCCUCUUCAGAGAUACGACGGCACGCGAUACUACGCCACGCUUCCCGAUCGUAAUGUCAAACGUUCGCAGUUCGGACCGCGUUCACUUGCGUUCACUCGCGCGAGCGAUCACGUAUCGAGUGGAUGCACGGGAUUUGGACUCGCGUCGCACCGCACUACCUCUACCUGUCAGCCUGUCACCCAGUGUUGUUGGGGGAAAGAUUUUCGUGCGCAUGCGCAGCACUGCGGAGCACUGGAAAUCUAGUAACAUUCAGUACGGUAUAUUUUAUUGCAACAUUUUAUUUGUCUUGAAAGAAAGGCGGCAAAUAGCAGUACGUUAUUGGAAGAAGAGAGAAUGUAGAAAAUAAAACAGGAUUUGGCAGAGCCAUGACAAGCUGGUAGUCCAUUACUGAUGUGUAUGCUCAAUGUUUUACGUUUGCGUAUUAUUAUUAUUACGUAUAAUUCUCAG